AUGGCGUCGCGGGAUAGCUACGCAGUUGGGUGGCUCUGCGCUCUCCCGGUGGAGCUUGCGGCGGCCAAGGCCAUGCUUGACGACGUCCACCCGAGCCUGCCACUCGAUGCGAAUGUUAACGAUACCAACAACUAUGUCCUGGGAAGGAUUGGUGGUCAUAAUGUCGUACUCGCAUCCCCACCCUCUGGCGUUUAUGGCAGCACCUCGGUUGCGGCCAGCGCGAAACGAAUGCUUGAGAGCUUCACAUCCAUCCGCUUCAGCCUGAUGGUCGGCAUUGGAGGAGGAGCACCAAAUACGAAGAAUAGUAUCGCUCUGGGCGAUAUUGUUGUCAGUAAACCGACGGCGACCCGGCCGGGCCUCAUGUUGUACGAUUCUCGAACCUCCAGCGACGAUCAGUUCACCAGCACCCAGGCUUUGAAAAAGCCAUCAAACCUGCUGCUUACUGCAGCAGGCAAGGCCGAGACGAACAGUAUCCUUGGCGAAAGCCAGAUACCUCGUUAUAUCUCCGAUAUUGUAUCGACAGAUCCGACGACCUUUGCCACCCCAGGUCCGGAUGAGGACGUCCUCUACGACUCGGAAUAUGAGCAUGUGAUCACAGGAUCCGCAGAGAACGGAUGCGAUCAUUGCGACCCGAACAGAAUCCUUAGUCGACCACCGCGGGAGAGCCAAGACCCUAAAGUGUAUUAUGGCCUGAUUGCGUCCUCGGACUCGUGGAAAUCCAGUAAGGUGACCAUUGCCCAGUUGGCGCGCGAGCACGGUAUACUUUGUUUUGAGACAGAGGCGGCUAGUUUCUUGGACACCGAUCAGUGCUUGAUCAUCCGCGGCAUCUGUGACUAUGCAGAUUCACAUCGCUCCGAGCUCUGGCAUGGCUACGCCGCUGCUGCCGCCGCGGCAUAUGCAAAAGAGAUUCUGUUGUUGAUCCCAACAGCCCCAAAGGCAGCAAUCCUGACGGUAGAUCGGACAGCGGACACAAUGGCGCUGGCGGCUCCUGUUUUUGAUGCUUUGCUCAUAACAAGACCCGAAAUCGACCGAACCUCUUUGAUUGCAUUGAAGGGACGGAGAGCCGAUGGUACCUGCGACUGGGUCGUACAACAUCCGAGCUACCAAACAUGGCUGGCCGGACGUGGUCCACCACUUCUCUGGAUCUCAGGAGGCCCUGGAAAAGGGAAAACCAUGAUUUCCAUAUAUCUUUCGGAAGUGUUACAGCCAAUGGUGGACUCGAAAGACGCUGUUCUCCUCUACUACUUCAUCAGUAAUCGCGACCGGAAUCGGAACACGGCGCUGACCAUCAUGAGAGGCAUCCUGUACCAAUGGCUCAGCUUCCAACCCCACCUGGCAGAGUACAUCAAGACCUACUUUGAAGGCUCCGAAACGACCAAAUACACCAUCUCCAGCUUUGCCUCGUUGUGGAGGCUGUUCCUCAUUAUGCUAAGUCGAAACGGACUGGACGAAUGCGAAAAGAGAUCUCUCAGGCAACUCCUUGACGCCCUCGGAGACUACAUCUCGAAAGCCGAGGAGACGCCAACGCCGAAACUGAAGCUCAUUUGUCUAUCCCGGCCUCAACCAGUACUUCUGGAGAACAAGCUCGGCCGAUAUUGUCGUAUCAAACUUGAUGAGUCGGAGGAAGAGACGAGGGUGGACGUGGAGAGAUACAUCUUUGCCGAAGUCGCCGAAUUAAAAGCCGAGGGAAAUCUGUCGGACGAAAAUCUCCUGGUGGUCCAGCAGGCCCUAGAGGCCGGCGCCAAUGGAACCUUUCUAUGGGUCGGAUUUGUCACGGAUGAGCUUAAGGGAAGGAGCUGGCAACAAGUACAGGAAGUCCUUCAUCGAAUGCCCAAGGGUCUUGGUGGAGUCUAUCAGCGGCUGCUUCAGCUAGUUGAAGACAAAGAAAGGCUGGUUUCCAUGCUUCAAUGGGUUGUACUCGCCGCCCGACCUCUGACAGUGGACGAAUUGACAGCGGUGACGAAGACAAAAGCGUCAGACGGCCUGACGCCAAGCGAUGUGAUAAGGGAUCAACUUGCAUCUUGUGGACUGUUGGUGAGGCUCGAAGGGAACGUUGUGAACCUCGUUCACGAAUCGGCAAAGGAGUUCUUCCAGAGUGAGCAGGUCAACAUCAAAGGAAUAGACAUGUUCUACAUGGACCAGACGACUCAUCUGGUCCUUAUGCAGACCUGCCUAACUCUCAUCGAAAAGAGUUAUAACCCCUCCGACACAAUCAGCAAUGCGUGCCUGAAUGACAGCCUCUUGGCUUAUGCGUGUAUGUACUGGCCAGAGCACAUCCGACAUGCAUUCGAGGUGAUGGAUCAGUCGCACUUUUCACGUCCGUUCUUCCUGCCAGAGUCUGCAAUCCGGGAAAGUUGGUGGGAGCUCUAUUGGGAGGAGGAGAAAUACGGUGGAGUCGCGCCCACGUUCACUCUCCUGCACCUGGCUGCGUACUUCGGCAACGUAGGCUGGACCAAAAUGCUGCUCAAACAAUAUGGUAACGAUCACGUCGCCUCUCGCCGUCUCACCUGGCGAAAAGACAACUAUGGCCGUGCGCCGCUUUGCUGGGCCGCCACCAGGGGUCACAAAGAUGCGGCAGAAUUCCUGAUCAGUCGUGGCGCCAGGAUCAAUGCUAAGGAUCGGAGCGGAUUGACCGCACUACACAUUGCCGUUACUUCAGAUCACAAGGACGUCGUGGAUCUGCUCCUGGACUCGGGCGCUCGGAUUGAGGGCAAGGCUACUUACGGCGACACGCCGCUGAUUCGAGCUAUCCAAGCAAAUUCUGAGGAGAAUAUCAAGGUACUUCUUCAACAUGGCGCGAAGGUGAACCAACUGCCCCUUCCUUCUGGAGUAACCUCUCUGAAAGGCCCCAAGGAACCAGUGGACGAGCGGGUUCAACAGCUGCUGAAGCUUCAAGAACAGCUGUUUGCCAGACGAUACGCGAAUUCUUCAAGAAGCGUUACGAUCAUUCUCAAUACUCUGACCGUAUCCUUCUAUUUUCCAUUUGUCUUCGACAUGGUGAGCUUCUACCUGAGAUAUUCUUCGUUUGGUCGCUGGGAGGUGAUGCACGUGCUACAAGACCUCGUCAAGAAUAGCAAAGAAGACAAGUUGCGUCAGUGGGGUGAUGCUUAUCUGAAGUAUGCCAACUGGCUGAUUAACGGAAAGCGCGAAAAGAACCUCGCGCGUGUGACAUGGCUCUCGGCCGAUGUCUAUGAGAUGUCUUCUACUGGAGACCUGCAAGGCUUGCUGGUUAUUGGACUUCUCAUAGGCGCAGAAUCCGCUUAUUUGUCAGCUUUAAGCCAGUGGACAGAAGGUCGUGAUAUCUUGACUUCAAUAUACGCAUCGUGGUCGUCCACUGCCUAUCGCAGAGAUUCGGGGGAGUACGUACACAAAGGACUUUCCUACUACUUAAAGGAUUUUGAUAGAAACAUCCGGAAUGGACAACGCGCAGAAUGCAUCGCUCGGACUGAAACCCUCUUCACGGCGCAGGUAUCGGUCCUCAAGACGAAGGAGGUGAAGCCAAUGGAAUAUCAUGCGACACUCAACGCUGAAUACUACGAAGGAUAUAUCGGCAGCCCUUAUGAAGAACAAUUGUUUGCCGAUGCAAGCCAAGCAGUCGCCAAUGAGUUCAUGCGCUACAGCAAAGCUCAAGAUUCCGCGGAUUUGUAUCUCUACCUAAAAGCUCUGUUCCAGUUUGCUGAACGUGCGAAUGAGAAAGGACAGGAUGCGUUUUUCAACAUGCCUCCUGCGGCAUAUCUCAUGAUCUGCCAGAAAGACCCCAACGCCCACCGAUGGCUGCUUGCUGAGGCGGUACCAGAAACGAUGAGUAUCUUGAUAUCAGAACUAGACCUAGGACCAGUUCAAAGGCGGGCAUACAAAGCGGUUGUGGAGUGCCUCAUUAUUGGGAAGCAAUACGACGUACCAGUGCGUGUACAGAUGCAGCAAACCAUGAAGCAACAUCUUGGUCCCAUUGCUGGGGCGGAUGGGAUGCUGACUCAAAUGCUUGUUCCCACGAUCUCACACAAGACGACUGUUUGA